AGCAUGAGCUCCAGGCUUCAAACGCGUUCUCGUGCGCAGACGAGAACUUUAUUUUUCAUCAAGUCAUUUUUUGGGUUGUUUUGAAGCAGCUUUGAAUAAUAAACACAUAUUUCUGCUUUAAACUUUUUUAAUGGUUUCUAAAUCCAUGGAACAGCCAAAGCAAGAAAGCCUCAUGUUUUGGGGGAAAGUCUGAUGACAGCAAUGCCUAGAAAAGAGCCAAAGAUGUUUGUCUUGCUCUAUGUCACAAGUUUUGCCAUUUGUGCAAGUGGACAGCCUCGCGGCCAUCAGUUCAAAGGGGACAGCUACUCCCCCAAAUACAUCUGCAGCGUUCCUGGCUUACCCGGACCUCCAGGACCCCCUGGCGCAAACGGCUCCCCGGGGCCCCAUGGUCGGAUCGGCCUCCCAGGACGAGACGGUAGAGACGGCAGGAAAGGAGAGAAAGGCGAAAAGGGGGCUGCAGGUCUGAGAGGUAAGACCGGACCACUGGGCCUUGCUGGAGAGAAAGGGGACCAGGGAGAGACUGGGAAGAAAGGACCCAUGGGACCUGAGGGAGAGAAAGGAGAAGUAGGUCCUGUUGGGCCUCCUGGACCAAAAGGAGACAGAGGGGAGCAAGGGGACCCGGGGCUGCCUGGUGUUUGUAGAUGUGGAAGCAUCGUGCUCAAAUCUGCCUUCUCUGUUGGCAUCACCACAAGCUACCCAGAAGAAAGGCUACCUAUCAUAUUUAACAAGGUCCUCUUCAAUGAGGGAGAGCACUACAACCCUGCAACAGGGAAGUUCAUCUGUGCGUUCCCUGGGAUCUAUUACUUUUCUUAUGAUAUCACAUUGGCAAAUAAGCAUCUGGCCAUUGGGCUGGUACACAACGGGCAGUACCGGAUAAAGACUUUUGACGCCAACACAGGAAACCAUGACGUGGCUUCGGGGUCCACAGUCAUCUACCUGCAGCCAGAAGAUGAAGUCUGGCUGGAGAUCUUCUUCACUGACCAGAACGGCCUCUUCUCAGACCCAGGCUGGGCAGACAGCUUGUUCUCCGGAUUUCUCCUCUAUGUUGACACGGAUUAUCUAGAUUCCAUAUCAGAAGAUGAUGAGCUCUGAUCUGCUGGCCCAAAUGCCCCAGGAUCCUUGUGGAAGAAACUUUGACUUAAUCUGGGGCCCUGGAAGGUGGAACAAGAAGAAAUGAGAUCCAAAAAAGACCCCCACUCAGACUCCAGAGCAUUUACAGACAGUUCUAGCAGAAUCUAUUAAAACAAGUUGACCCACCAAACCGAUGAAACCGCAACAGAAUGAAUUAUAUAAAAGAAUAACCCCAGAUAUGUUCUCUCAAAAGCAAUGUUCACAAAUAUUUAAACAAAUAAAGACAACGUUACAAAUUCUAUUAAAUUCCGUGAGUGCUAAAACCAGCUGGCAAUGAUAUUGUCUCAUUAAAUCUUUGUAAAAUUGCAUUUCUGCCUAUUAUUUAAGAGAAUCA